GACACUGUGCAACUUCAAGUCUUCAGUUCAAUUUCUGCACUCCUCCAGAGCUCGAACAAAAUAAUAAAUUUGCUCUCCAGCUUCAAACUCCUUCCUCCCAAGCUCUUUUUCUGUGAGUGGCAAGUUAUUUAGAGGAGUAUUUCAUAUUUUAACGUCUAUUGAAUUUGUGCCGUCAACCUAAAUAGUUGUAUUUGGUGAAAUUCGUUCUUGUGUGACCGGAAAGUAGUAAAGUGACUUUUUUUACCCUUUGUCACUUACCCUUCUGGCAAGACGUCUAGUUUCUUGGAGGAAGAUAGAAUUAAAAAAAAAAACUUUGAGUGAAAAUUCACAUCUCGUGCAUCAUCCGGUGGGAAAAUCAUUAAAUCAGUUUUGCACUUCAAUUAAAUUCACAAGACUCAACUCAAUUAAUAUUCCAACAAUGUCGCCAUCUGCAUUGAAUUUCAGGAUGUGCAUUGCGGUGAGUUUUCUUGUUAUCCUAGUGCACUUGACUUCUUCAGCAUCCGUUGGCAACACCCGUCCUCCUGUUUCCGAUGAAGUCAUCGACAAGGCGCUCCAGGAUAAGCGCUACUUGAUGCGACAACUCAAAUGCGCCAUUGGGGAAGCACCGUGUGAUCCUGUGGGCAGACGCCUGAAGAGUUUAGCACCAUUCGUGCUCCGAGGAAGCUGUCCUCAGUGCACGCCAACUGAAAUGAGUCAAAUUCGGAGGACGCUGGCGUAUGUCCAAAAAACGUAUCCGGCAGAGUGGACUAAACUGAUACAGGCAUAUGCUGGCUGAUGAUCUUCCCGCCUCUUGCGCAUACAUCUCCCUUUGAUGCGGAUGCACAGAUUUCCCAGCCAACUCAAUAGAAUCCUUUUUGUUCUUCAACAUCAUCUCAUCCGGUUAUUCUGGUGUGGUUGGCCGUACUGUGGGAUUAGCAACGCCUAGAUAGAGCAUUUAUAGUUUCAGCUCCUAAAACCAUCUCACACACACAACAACAAAAAAAGAACUAUCAAGCUCUGACACUCUUCCCCCUAUAUCUUUCACUUUAGUGGAAAAUUCUUCCACACAUCGCUCAAUUCAAUUGUGCAGCAAGAGCCUUUUCACCAAAUUCAAUUAUAAUUUUGAACACAUACAUUUUCCACUUAUUUAAAGAUAUAACUCACACAAAUUUCGCUGAAACUCUGCACUGUAAUUCAAUUUAAGGCAUCUACACUCACUUCCAUUCAACAUUGAAUCUAAUCCUAUUAUGUGUAUGAUAUUGUGUGGGAAUCACAUUAAAACUUAUGUGAGUGAAUAAAGUGUAAAAAGUUGUGAUAAAAAAAA